AUGUUUAUCCACAUCUAUAUCUCUCUAUCUAUGUAUCUAUCUAUAUCUCUCUAUGUAUCUAUCUAUAUCUCUCUAUGUAUCUAUCUAUAUCUCUCUAUGUAUCUAUCUAUAUCUCUCUAUCUAUGUAUCUAUCUAUAUCUCUCUAUGUAUCUAUCUAUAUCUCUCUAUGUAUCUAUCUAUAUCUCUCUAUCUAUGUAUCUAUCUAUAUCUCUCUAUCUAUGUAUCUAUCUAUAUCUCUCUAUGUAUCUAUCUAUAUCACUCUAUGUAUAUAUCUAUAUCACUCUAUGUACAUGUAUCUAUUUGUGUAUCUCUAUGUGUCUAUCUCUAUCACUAUCUAUGUGUCUAUCUCUAUCACUAUCUAUGUGUCUAUCUCUAUCACUAUCUAUGUGUCUAUCUCUAUCACUAUCUAUGAGUCUAUCUCUAUCACUAUCUAUGAGUCUAUCUCUAUCACUCUAUGAGUCUAUCUCUAUCACUCUAUCUAUGUGUCUAUCUCUAUCUCUCUAUGUGUCUAUCUCUAUCUCUCUAUGUGCCUAUCUAUUUGUGUAUCUGUGUCUAUCUAUAUCACUCUCUCUGUGUCUCUAUCUAUAUCACUCUCUCUGUGUCUCUAUCUAUAUCACUCUCUCUGUGUCUCUAUCUAUAUCACUCUCUCUGUGUCUCUAUCUAUAUCACUCUCUCUGUGUCUCUAUCUAUAUCACUCUCUCUGUGUCUCUAUCUAUAUCACUCUCUCUGUGUCUCUAUCUAUAUCACUCUCUAUGUGUCUCUAUCUAUAUCACUCUCUAUGUGUCUAUCGCUAUCACUAUGUCUAUCUAUGUAUCUAUCUAUUUUUGUCUCUCUAUCUAUAUCACUCUCUCUAUGUUUCUCUAUGAGUUACUUUUUAAUCUAUAUGUAUAUCUAUCUAUAUUUCUAUAUCUAUCUAUCUACCUAUCUAUCUAUCUAUCUAUCGAAAUUCAUAUCAAUCUUUAA